AGUUGCGGCUGCGAUUAAUGUUUGGUAGUGAAUAAGCAAUUCCGGGAAAAAUUUUGUUGGCUUCUGCUUUAAAAUGGCUCGUCGAUAUGAUUCGAGGACAACCAUCUUCUCUCCUGAAGGGAGAUUGUAUCAAGUGGAAUAUGCAAUGGAAGCUAUUGGUCAUGCCGGUACAUGUCUAGGAAUUUUGGCUUCCGAUGGAAUAGUAUUGGCAGCUGAACGCCGGAAUACAAACAAACUUCUAGAUGAAGUUUUCAAUUCAGAGAAAAUAUAUAAACUUCAUGAUGACAUGGCAUGCAGUGUGGCUGGCAUAACAUCAGACGCAAAUGUAUUGACUAAUGAGUUGCGUCAAAUUGCUCAGAGGUAUUUACUACAGUAUGGUGAAUCAAUCCCAUGUGAGCGCUUAGUCAGCUGGUUGUGUGAUUUGAAACAAGCUUAUACCCAAUAUGGAGGAAAGAGGCCAUUUGGUGUAUCCAUUUUAUACAUGGGAUGGGAUAAACAUUAUGGCUUUCAACUUUACCAAUCUGAUCCUAGUGGUAAUUAUGGUGGAUGGAAAGCAACAUGCAUUGGAAAUAAUAGUGCGGCUGCAGUAUCAAUAUUGAAGCAAGAAUAUAAAGAAAAUGAAACCACUUUAAAUGAUGCACUUGCUUUAGCCAUUAAAGUUCUUAGCAAAACUCUGGACAUGACUAAAUUGACUGCUGAUAAAUUGGAGAUGGCUACUUUGACUCGUGAAGGAAACAAGUCUCGCAUAAAGAUUAUGCCUGCUGAAGAAGUUGAAAAGCUUAUCAAAAAGCAUGAGGAAGAAGAAGCUAGAAAUGAAGCUGCAAAGAAAGAAAAAGAACGAGAAAAAUCUAAAAGCUAAUUUAUUUGUUGGUUAAUGUGUAUAAUGUUUCUAAUAAAAAACUGUCCCUUUAAUUUUUAAAAAAA